AUGGUGCAUACAUAUGAGGUCGGCACGCGGGCGUGGCAGCCCGAUCCGACUGAGGGAUGGGUUGCGUCCGAAGUGGCCGAGAAGGUGGUAGAUGGAGAGAAAGUGAAGCUGGUGUUUACUUUGGAGAAUGGAGAGACAAAAACGACCGAGACAACGCUGGCGGAACUGGCCUCGGAUACUAGCGAAAAAUUACCACCAUUGAUGAAUCCGACGAUGCUAGAAGCGAGUGAGGAUUUAACGAAUUUGUCUCAUUUGAACGAGCCAGCUGUCCUUCAGGCUAUUAAGCUACGGUACCACCAAAAAGAAAUCUACACAUACUCCGGUAUCGUUCUUAUAGCGACCAACCCGUUCGCCCGUGUCGAUUCUCUAUAUGUCCCACAGAUGGUUCAGGUUUAUGCCGGCAAACAGCGAGCUUCACAAGCUCCCCAUCUUUUUGCCAUUGCAGAAGAAGCUUUUGCGGACAUGUUGAGGGACACACAAAACCAAACCAUCGUGGUAUCUGGAGAAUCCGGUGCUGGAAAGACCGUCAGUGCAAAGUAUAUAAUGCGUUACUUUGCCACGCGAGAGACAUCCGAUAACCCUGGAUCUUACUCUACUGGACGGGCGGACUCCAUCAGUGAAACUGAAGAGCAAAUUCUAGCCACCAAUCCCGUCAUGGAAGCUUUCGGAAACGCAAAGACAACACGAAAUGAUAACUCGUCACGAUUCGGUAAAUAUAUUGAGAUCUUGUUCGAUGACAGGACGAAUAUUAUUGGUGCAAAGAUUAGAACGUACCUUUUAGAACGAUCGAGGCUGGUUUUCCAACCGCUGAAGGAACGAAAUUACCAUAUCUUCUAUCAACUUAUUGCCGGUGCCACAGAUGCUGAGAAGCAGGAGUUGGGUAUCUUGCCAGUCGAGGAAUUUGACUAUCUGAACCAGGGAGGAACACCCAUUAUUGAUGGAGUGGAUGACAAGGCUGAACUAGACGCUACAAGGAAGUCGCUUACUACAAUUGGUCUGACACAAGAAGUGCAGGCGGCCAUUUUCAGGAUUCUGGCUGCUUUGCUUCACCUCGGUAAUGUCAAGAUUGUUGCUACCAGAAAUGACUCCUCUCUCUCGCCUACGGAACCGUCUCUCGUCCGAACUUGUGAAAUGCUAGGUAUUGACGCGAGCGAAUUUGCCAAAUGGACCGUCAAAAAGCAGCUGGUCACCCGAGGCGAGAAGAUUAUUUCUAACCUUAACCAGCCACAGGCCCUCGUGGUCCGAGAUUCAGUUGCCAAGUUCAUCUACUCAAGUCUGUUCGACUGGCUGGUUGAAACCAUUAACCGCAGUUUGGCAACCGAAGAAGUUCUUAGCCGAGCCACUUCAUUUAUUGGUGUCCUUGAUAUCUAUGGAUUUGAGCAUUUCGCCAAGAACUCCUUUGAACAGUUCUGUAUCAACUAUGCGAACGAGAAAUUGCAGCAGGAAUUCAACCAGCACGUGUUCAAACUUGAGCAGGAGGAAUACGUCCGAGAACAAAUCGAUUGGACCUUCAUCAACUUCUCGGACAACCAGCCAUGUAUUGACCUUAUUGAAGGGAAACUUGGUAUCUUAGCCCUGCUUGACGAGGAGUCCAGGCUCCCAAUGGGUGCUGAUGAGCAAUUCGUUAACAAGCUACAUCAUAACUUCGCCGCGGAUAAGCAAAAGUUCUACAAGAAGCCUCGAUUUGGCAAGUCCUCGUUCACCGUCUGCCAUUAUGCUAUUGACGUCACCUACGAGUCAGAUGGUUUCAUCGAGAAGAACAGAGAUACUGUGCCCGAUGAGCACAUGGAGGUUCUCCGAAAUUCCUCCAACCCCUUCAUCAGGGAUGUCCUCCAAGCUGCAUCUGCCAUUCGAGAGAAGGAUUCCGCCUCCAUGUCCUCCAGGGCAGUCGCAGCCCCCGGAAGGAAAAUUGGUGUUGCGGUCAACCGUAAGCCUACACUGGGAGGUAUUUUCAAAUCUUCUCUCAUCGAGCUCAUGAACACCAUAAACUCCACGGACGUCCACUACAUCCGAUGUAUAAAGCCAAACGAAGCGAAAGAGGCUUGGAAGUUCGAGGGACCCAUGGUCCUUAGUCAACUGCGAGCUUGUGGUGUUCUCGAAACCGUGCGAAUAAGUUGUGCCGGUUAUCCUACCCGGUGGACAUAUGAGGAGUUUGCGCUCAGAUAUUAUAUGCUCUGCCAUUCAUCACAAUGGACCUCUGAAAUCCGAGCUAUGUGUCACGCCAUUUUGUCAAAGGCUUUGGGCGAUAUUAACCAGCAAAACCAGGAUAAGUACCAACUCGGCUUAACUAAAAUCUUUUUCCGAGCUGGUAUGCUUGCGUUCUUGGAGAACCUUCGCACUUCGCGCCUGAAUGAAUGUGCCAUCAUGAUUCAGAAGAAUCUUAAAUGCAAAUUCUACCGACGAAAGUAUCUUGCCAUGCGCGAUUCCAUCCUCGCCUUCCAGGGCCUUAUUCGAGGAUUCUUGGCAAGGCAGCAUGCUGAAGGCGCUCGCCAGAUCAAGGCUGCAACUACUAUCCAGCGAGUCUGGAGAGGCCAGAAGGAUCGCAAAUACUACCACAGGAUCCGAAACAAUGUCAUUCUCGUCGAGUCGUUGGCCAGGGGUUAUCUCUGCCGCCGAAACAUCAUGGACAGUAUCCUCGGAAACGCCGCGAAGGUUAUUCAACGCUCUUUCAGGACAUGGCGACAACUUCGUAAAUGGAGAGAUUACCGCCGAAAGGUUGUCAUUGUACAGAACUUGUGGCGUGGUAAGGAAGCUCGCAAGCAGUACAAGUCUCUCCGUGAAGAGGCACGGGAUCUCAAGCAGAUCUCCUACAAACUGGAGAACAAGGUCGUUGAGUUGACUCAGUCCCUUGGAUCCCUCAAGCAGCAGAACAAGGCAUUGAACACCCAGCUUGAGAACUAUGAUGGACAGAUUAAAUCUUGGAGAAGUCGACAUAACGCCCUUGAAGCCCGAUCUCGUGAAUUGCAGGCUGAGGCUAACCAGGCCGGUAUCACCGCCGCUCGCCUAACAGCUAUGGAGGAAGAAAUGACCAAACUCCAACACAACCACAACGAGUCAAUCGCAACGGUCAAGAAACUACAGGAGGAAGAGAAGGCUACCAGAGAAAGCCUUCGCAUUACAAGCUUAGAGCUUGACAAUGCCAAAAACGCAAUUAUUGUCCACGAGCAGGAGAAAACCUAUCUCCGCCAGCAGGUCGUCGAACUACAAGAUGAGCUUGAAUUUGCCAAGAGGUCAGCUCCUAUUAACGGAGUCAAUGGAGACUUGUCGAAUGGAAACGCUCCUACUCAACCUAGCCUGUCAGGCUUGAUCAAUCUGGUCGCCUCGAAGAAACCCAAGCCGAAGAGACGUAGCGCAGGACUCGAAAAGGUCGAAAUUGAUCGUUUCAGCGGCGCCUACAAUCCAAGACCUGUCUCUAUGGCCAUACCCAGUGGUGGAGUUGGCCGCGGUGACAUGCGAAGCUCGACGUUCGCGCCUGGAAUUGAUUCUGUAGAAAUUGAAUUGGAGAAUCUACUUUCAGAGGAAGAGGAGCUUAACGAUGAAGUCACCAUGGGGCUUAUCAAGAACCUCAAAAUCCCUCUUCCCAGCUCCGAUCCACCACCAACAGAGAAGGAGGUUUUGUUCCCCUCAUACCUAAUCAACCUUGUUACAUCUGAGAUGUGGAACAAUGGUUUCGUGAAGGAAUCCGAGCGAUUCCUUGCCAAUGUUAUGCAGGCCAUUCAGCAGGAAGUCAUGCAACACGAUAGCGAGGAUACAAUUAGCUCUGGAGCUUUCUGGCUUUCGAACGUCCACGAAAUGCUUUCAUUCGUCUUCCUCGCAGAAGACUGGUAUGAAGCUCAAAAGACUGACAACUACGAAUACGACCGUCUUUUGGAGAUUGUCAAGCAUGACCUGGAAAGCUUGGAGUUUAAUAUCUACCACACCUGGAUGAAAGCUUUGAAGAAGAAGCUCUUCAAGAUGAUUGUCCCAGCUAUCAUCGAGUCUCAGUCCCUUCCUGGAUUCGUCACAAGUGAAACGAACAGAUUCCUUGGAAAGCUUCUCCCUUCAAAUAACAACCCCUUGUACAGCAUGGACCAUCUACUCAGCUUGCUCAACAGCGUGUUCAAGGCUAUGAAAGCCUACUAUCUCGAAGAUUCCAUUGUGACUCAAACUGUUACUGAAUUGCUACGACUGGUUGGUGUCACCGCGUUUAAUGACUUGCUUAUGCGACGUAAUUUCCUCUCGUGGAAGCGUGGGCUGCAGAUUAAUUACAACAUUACCCGUAUCGAGGAAUGGUGCAAGAGCCACGAUAUGCCAGAGGGCACCCUGCAGCUUGAGCAUCUCAUGCAAGCAACCAAGCUACUUCAGCUGAAGAAGGCAACUCUGAACGACAUAGAAAUCAUCCAAGACAUCUGCUGGAUGCUUUCCCCAAAUCAAAUCCAGAAACUUCUCAACCAGUAUCUCGUCGCCGACUAUGAACAGCCCAUCAACGGUGAAAUCAUGAAAGCUGUUGCAUCCCGAGUCACUGAGAAGAGCGAUGUUCUGCUUCUAACUGCAGUCGACAUGGAGGACAGUGGUCCCUAUGAGAUCGCUGAGCCCAGAGCCAUUACUGCGCUGGAAACGUAUACGCCAUCAUGGCUGCAAACUCCUCGACUUAAGCGUCUUGCCGAGAUCGUUUCCGUCCAAGCAAUGGCCCAGCAGGACCGCCUUGACAGCUUAGAAAUGGGAGAACCACCGGAGGAUUAA